GAAGUUUCCGGUGAAGAAUGUUCGAACGUACACUCCAAGAUCUUAUACGUGGUCUUAGAGCCCACCGAGCUUCCUCAAAAGCGUCAGAGGAUGCGUUCAUCAACGAAGCUAUGACUGAAAUCCGGGAGGAACUAAAGGGUAAGGAUAUGGCGCUGAAGGCUGAGGGUGUACUCAAAAUGUGCUACUUGAUGAUGUUGUAUCCUAUUCCUGCACCUUCAGGUUUCGCCUUUCACGUGGUGGAAGUGAUGAGUUCUCAGAGGUAUCACUUGAAACAAAUCGGUUAUCUCGCAGCCCCUCUUGCGUUCUCUGGAGAAACCGAAGAAGUAGUCUUGACUGUCAAUGGUAUCAAAAAGGAUUUGAUGUCUCCUCAUCUUCCUCUUCCUCCUUUACCUCUCACGGCUCUACCACACCUUCUAUCACUAUCUUCUUCUCUAUCAAAUACCCUUCAUCCAGACUUGCUUCAUCUUCUCAGUCAUUCUUCACCAAGAAUACGAAAGAGGGCGGUAUUAUGUUUAUUACCAUGUUGGGAAGCUUUCCCCGAAGGUCUAAGACAAGGUUUUCCACGGUUGCGAGAUAAAUUGCAAGAUGAAGAUCAGGGUGUUGUGGGAGCUACAGUGGGAGUAGUGAUGGAAUUGGCUAGGAGACACGGAGGGAAGAAUUAUCUACCUCUGGCACCUGAAUUAUUUGCCAUUUUCACGGGUAGUAGCAAUAAUUGGAUGCUUAUCAAAGUUGUCAAGUUGUUCGCAAUACUGACUCCUCUUGAACCUCGGCUAGUUAGAAAACUCCUCCCGCCCAUCACUUCACUGAUAUCUUCUACCUCUGCCAUCUCACUAUUAUAUGAAUGUGUUCGUACCUGUAUCGUGGGAGGUAUGCUAGAUCCAGAUAGACCGGAGGGGGAAGCUUUGGCAAGAGUCUGUGUAGAGAAACUGGGCGGCUAUCUGAGAGAUGAAGGUGGAGAUCAAAACUCCAUGGUCAAGAUCAUUCCAACACACCCGAGUAUGGUAGCAGAAUAUCAAGAGGAAAUCUUACAAAGUCUGGAUGAUCCCGAUGUGUCAAUACGAAUGCGAGCGUUGGAAUUGGUCACAUCCAUGGUGGAUCAACGGAACUUACAAUCAAUUGUCGAUCAACUACUGGCUCAUCUCGCUCCUUCCUCAGACACAUCUACCCUUCCCUCAGCUGCUGCCUUUUUAGCUGCUGUGGCGGGGACGAACACCACACCCACCGCCACUGCUAGGUCCAUCACCCUCAGUCCAGCUUAUCGACUCCUCCUCACCCGGCGUCUUCUCGGAAUGCUCUCUCAUGAGACAUAUACAAAUGUGACCGAUUUCGAAUGGGUUAUAUCGGUUCUCAUCGACGUUGCUUAUGUGAGUAAGGUGGAUGUAGGGGGAGAGGUGAGGGAUAUGUUACUUGAUGUUGUGGCAAGAGUGCGUAGUGUUAGAGGAUAUGCGGUGAAGAUGCUCGAACGUGUGCUUGGUGAGGAUGAUGUUCGAGAAAGAGGAAGGGAGAAGACUGGUGAGGAUGGUUUACUGGAAGCUGCCAUUUGGUUGUGUGGGGAGUAUUCGAGUGAACUGUCUUCCCCACUCAGCGCUAUAUCGGCGAUUCUAACACCUUCCUUAAGUUUGUCAACACCAUCUGUGAUCGCACUGUCUUUACAAGCCGCAGCGAAGAUCUUCGCUUCUCAUGCUGCAUCUGUUGCUCCUUUAUGGUCCUCCGAUUUAUCUACGGAAACUCAAAACCUCGUCACAUCACUCAAAAGUGGUAUCGAGCCAUAUUCCUUUCAUGACGACAUAGAAGUACAAGAACGAGCUUUUGAAAUUCUCCAACUCCUCUCUUUCGUCUCUGCCGAUCUUACUUCGCAUCGUCCACCCGUCAAACCUUCCUCAUCAAUACCAGAUCUUGAACCCGGCUUUGGCGAGCCAUCUUCCGACUCGGAACCUCCAUAUCCUAAAUCCCUCUUCCUCUUUCAGCCGUUGUUUACGGGGUGGGAGAUGAAUGCUUUGGGAUACAAAGCCCAAGAAUCUGUUCGUCUGCCAGACGAUAUCAAUUUGGACUCUGAGAUCGUUCCUGGUGGUGGCUUUCCUGAGGAUGUGGAGAGUGACGAAGAAACUGAGGAGAAAGUGGAGGAGGGUCAUGUCACAGCAGGGAUGGAAGAGUUACGGAGAGUGUUACGAGAACAGGACGGAGAGCGGAAGAAGAAGAAGAAAGGGAAAGGAAAAGAGAAUGGUGAUGCUCAACAACUUACUCAGGAGGAAAGGUUGGCAAAAGAGAAGCGGAGGGAAGAGAGGAAGAGAAGACAGAGAGAAGAUCCGUAUUAUCUUGGACCGAAAGAUGACGUGGAGGAUAUACCUGUGAUACGGUUGGAAUUAGAUGAUGAUGAUCCGACUGAACUCGUGGUAGAUGAUUCCAACGCGUCUGCGAGCAUCUCCAGAGUGAUCUCAUCAGAAAAGAAGAUCAGUCCUGAUAUUGAUAAAUUCGGCGAGAUGCCAUCCGACGCCAUGCCACCAAAAUCAGAACCUUCAUUAUCGAGAUCGACCAGUCAAUUAGCCAUCGAGAUAGACCAUCCCCCUCAACCGGGUGUUUCGUCGAGAUACGAAGAAUACACAAACGGAGAUGCCGACUCAACACGUCAAUCUCCUCAACUAGUAGAAGAGAAGAGCGCAGAGGUAGAGGUUGUCAAAGUGAAAAGAAAGAAGAAGACUAAGAAACCUUCUGCAAAAUGAUCUCGAUCCUCACACGUAUAACCAAUCAUCAAUGAAAGGAGAUCGGGGAAAUGGAGGGGAGAUAGACAAUGAUAUGAUCUUGCAUACUG